CUGAAAUGAUUUCAUGAAAAAUCAAGAAAUUAAUGUUUGGUAAUAGAAUUUUAGACAAUUUUUAGAUCUUAUAAUCUCCCACAUUCCAUAGCUACAUUGCAGCGCAAUAUCGCAUAAUAAAAUAAAAGUAGCAGUAAUAACAAAACUCAUGAAAAGUGACAACGUCAUAACAGAUGGAAAUUGUGGCAAAGUUGAUGUUAACAGGUUAGGCUAUGUUUAAAAGUAAAGCCCCGCGCCGCUUUUAAUUUUGAGUAAAACUUACUAGGCCAUUUUUCACGGAUGAUUUUUCUACAUUAAAUAUUUAUAUUAACAGUGAGAUCUGUAUGUACAAACUUUCAACAAGUGUAAAGUAAUGAUAACUGUGCGAUUGUUAAGAAGAAUUACUUUUGCACUGUUUAACUCCCAGAAGAUGGCCAAAAGUUCAUUUGAGUACGUAAAAAAGUUCGAAGUAGAUGAUUCACUUUUACCUAACACAUGGAUAGUGGUUAGACUAGAUGGAAAGUGCUUUCAUAAAUUUUCUGAAGAACAUAACUUUUCGAAGCCUAAUGACCUACGAGCUUUGCGACUGAUGAACUAUGCUGCUUUUACUGUGCUGCGGGAGUUCAAUGAUGUGUUAUUAGCAUUUGGUCAAAGUGACGAAUACUCUUUUGUCUUCAAGAAACCAACCACACUUUAUAAACGUCGUGCUGCUAAGCUUCUUACAACAAUCAAUAGUAAAUUUUCAUCGUCAUACGUUUUUUAUUGGAAGAAAUUUUUUGGUGAAGAACCUUUGAAAUACCCUCCAACAUUUGAUGGAAGAGUUGUUCUCUACCCUAGUGAUGAAAACUUAAUAGAUUAUAUGAAGUGGCGGCAAGCUGAUGUCCACAUAAAUAAUUUAUAUAAUACUACUUUCUGGACUUUAGUUUUACAAGGAAAUCUUACUCCUGCACAAGCUGAGAAGCGCUUAUGUGGGACUGUAUCAGCAGAUAAAAAUGAAAUACUAUUCCAAGAAUUCAAAAUAAACUACAACAGUGAACCAGAGAUAUGUAAAAGAGGGACAUUAUUGAUAAGGAAGAGUAUAUUUAAUAAAAAUUUAGAUAAGAAUAGUAAUAUUAUAGUUGAUACACAUGAUGAUAUGCUGAAAGAUAGAUUCUGGAAGGAGCAUUCCAGUUUGUUGUUAAAUAGGUCUAAGGAAACUCUCAUGUAUGAUGGUCCUGUGACUGAUAUUGUUGCAGAACAAAUAAAUUUGAUUAAAGAAUGACUAUGAAACUCUC